ACAGAUUAGCCAUGUUGGAGUUUCUUGUGUCUAAAGUUGCCAUGAUGCUUACACUGGGCAUGUUUUCCACAGGAAUGCAUACAGUACAAAAGAUAAGAAGGAAAGGCACAGGAGAUACCCCGAUACUACCAUUUUGUGCCUUUGCAACAGGUUGUUUUAUCUGGCUCAACUACGGAAUUAUUACUGCUGAUGGUACUCUAGCUUUCACUAACUUCGUUGGCACACUACUCAAUUGUAGCUACGUCUUACUGUACUAUUGGUACGCCCCAAAUAAGAAAUUAGUUUACCAAACAGUCGGACUGUUUCUUUUUCUACUCAUUGGAGUUCACAUGUACAGUGCGUGGUACCACGAAAGUCCAGAAGAGGCCAAGAACUUCCUCGGUUCUUGUGGUGUCUUGGUUACAAUAGGAACAUUCGCUUCUCCUUUAGCCCAGAUGAAACUGGUGAUAAAGACGAAGAGUGCAGAGUCCAUGUCGUUCCCCCUCUCUGUAAUGGUUUGUGCUCAGUGUAUUAUGUGGUGGUGGUACGGCUACCUCAUCGACGACUUCUUCGUUCAGAUGCCGAACGUGUUUGGAACAUUGUUGGCGAUAAUCCAGAUUUUUGUUAUCCUAAAAUAUUGGGACAACAAGCCCAAGACAGUGUCCAGUGUAAUGGACAACGUGUAAACUGUUCAGAUCAACACUACGCUAGGAGAACGAUUAAACAAUUAACGCAUAUUAUAUAGAUUUGACAAUUGACAAGGGAGGACCAUUUCUGCAGCCGGAUGUUUUGUAAUUAUUAGUUCUAGUCUGGUAGUUUAAUAAAUAUUAUUAUUUGAUUCGCUUGAAUGCAUGUUAUGCAUGCAAUGUUAUAAGGUCCAGGAAAUAAAAAUGAUCAUUGACUAUCGAAGAUUUGCAGUUGUAAAGUUGUAACCACUAUUUGUUUUGAUACGUAAAGGUAUUUCAAUUUUACUGAUAGGAAAUUAUUCUGCAUGCAUGAAUUUGUUAACUUAACGCAUUUUUCUCUUUAAAGUUUAAGCUAAAUUACUUGACUCUAUUUUUUCUAACAUUAUAAAACGUUGAUAGUAGUAUAGGUUGACAAAAAUGUUUACUUUUUUAAGAAUUUAAAUCGUGCUUUGGGCAGGAACUAAAGUUAUUGAUAUAAUUUUUUCAGUAUUUGAAAUAUGAAUUGCUGUAAAACUUCACAUAGUAUUUACUGAAGAGCAGUGCACACAUUGCGAUGAGGUUAACUUUUGUACUUUAAAAUAAUAGAUAUGCAAUGACACUAGGUUUAUUGAAUGUCACAUUUACAGCAUUAUUUUGACUUUGAUACAUUGUGCGUGUCUGUACAUUAGUAUCUUUCUGGUAUAGAUUUAAAUUUCAUUGAAUAAACGACCUUCUUAUUUGUUCGAGAAUUCUUACAAGACAUAUCAAAUGCUUUUUAUGUUUGAACAUUACAUGGAAUGAUCACCGCACUUAAUAUUGGUAUUCAACAUCUAAUUGGUAUUCAACAUCAUAUUGGUAUUCAACAUCUAAUCAUUAUAACCUAAAUAACGAUAAAAUGUAAAUGUAAUAUUCGUUGUACAAUCACUGGAACAUAAACUCAUUUUCACUACAGUUUCAAACAUGGAACUAAACUUCUACGAGAUGCACUUUGAAGCGACAGAGCAGCCCAAACUGGAGGGAAACACGGAUGCAUGCAGUUUCUCCCUCCUGUGCAUGACCAGCAACGGUGACGCAUUCUGUUCUCUUAACGACAAAGUUUACCACAUCUUAUGGAACCAUGGAGAUGAUGAUCUAGAGCGCCGGCUUUGUUUUACGCCUGGUAAAGACGGGCGCUUGCACAAGGACGAGAUAAUCCUUCUAGACGCACUGCACACCGAAGCUGGCACAAUCGUAGCCGUUGUCUAUUAUCAUGAUCACCACGGCGGACAAUACACUCUAUCAGUCUUCCAACUGGAUCUGAAUACUUUAAAACUAAAGGCUAAGCAGGAGGAGAACCUGCACAAGAAACCCAACCUGGUGAGGUUAUCACGUGACCUGUACAGUUCCCACAUCUCAGUAUUUGCUACCUACUACAGUGACCCGUGUGUACAGGUGUUUCAGUACACUAACUCGGGGUUUAUCAGCAAGGUAGAGGACAUCAAGGUCAAGGAGCACUAUCCAGGGUUGUUCAAGUGUAUGUUCCGACCAGCACCGGACAAGCGAACAAUAUCACGUGAGGACCAUCACUCUAUGGGACCAGAAAAACGAGCAGUUCAGGAGUAUAUCUUGUGUAUAGACGUCCUGUUAGAAGGAGAUAUGCAAUAUCUAGCCUACGGCACGGUUGAUGGCAACAUUCACGUGCAAGUAUCAAGUUCACAUCAUGGUGUUGCCUGGCAAGCUAUGUAUGAUUGGGAGGGCCCUAUAUCGGCUAUCAGGAUUUUCAAAGUCAAAGGUUAUGUGUGCCUUGUUGGAGCUUGUAUGGUAGAGCAAGUCAUUCUUAUCACUGAUAUAAAUCACACUAAUAAACUACAUAAUAGGAUUGUUCUUCCGGAAUCUAAUCUAUUCGAUAGUGUUACGUGUCUUAGCAUCAUGGAUAUUGAUUACGAUGGUGAUAGUGAGAUACUUGUAGGCACAUAUGGGAGAAUAUUCCUGGUGUACAAACUGCAUCUAUCUGAGGGAAAUCUGGUGCCGUACAUCGUAUAUAGGAGACACUACAAUAGCCCAAUUUAUGGUAUUUGUCAUUCAGAUAUAACAGACGAUGGUAUUCAUGAGAUUAUCGUACUGACUUUCAAUGGAAUUCACGUUCUCCAGAGGUGUUUGAGAUCUGCUCAGCAGUAUAUUCAGAAGCUGAUUGAUAGUUCAGGGUCAACUCAGAUCAAAUGUCCUUUUCAAAGUGAACAUUUUUCUGAUAAUUAUGCUAGUACUCCAGAAUACUGAUUUGUUUUUGAUUUUCUUAAUUUUUGUGCUGUCGAUGAUUUUUACCCAAUUAUACAAUUAUGUAUCAUGUUUAUAAUCUAUUUCUUAUAAUGAUCAGAAAAUUUACUGAAUUACAA